AACCGGAUGGACGUCAUCACAACUCGACUAACGUUCAUUGUUUUCGAGUAAAAAAAGCUUUUCGACCUCCGACACCGCCGCAAGAAAAAAACUAGUUUUAAACUAUUUUUUUUUUGUGUAACUAACUAACGAAAUACUUUAUUAAACUAAACACCGAUAAAGAAAUGAAUAGUCGCCUACAGGAGAUACGGGAAAAGCAGAAGCUGCGACGCCAGCUUCUAGCUCAACAGUUAGGAGCAGAGAGUGCGGACAGUAUAGGAGCCGUUCUGAACAGCAAAGACGAACUGAAGGAGAUUGAGGAGACCAGAGAGACAUACAGGGCAUCGUUCGAUGCUGCCGGGCCGAGCUCCAAGAGGAAGCCUCAGGUGGAGGGAGAGGACACAGAGGAGGACGUUGAGGAGCCGAAGGAAGAGUUGGAGAUGCAGCCGCCAGAUGAGAGCAACCCUUAUGAAGAGGUCUACAAGGACUCUACCACCUUCCUGAAGGGUACCCAGAGUCUGAACCCCCAUAAUGACUACUGUCAACACUUUGUCGACACCGGACACCGACCACAGAACUUCAUCAGAGACGUCGGUCUGGCAGACCGGUUUGAAGAGUAUCCUAAACUCAGAGAGCUGAUCAGACUGAAGGAUGAACUGAUCUCAACCACCAACACUCCCCCCAUGUAUCUGCAGGCCGACCCAGAGCACUUUGACCUGCGUGAUCUGAAGACUAAGUUUGAUGUGAUCCUGCUGGAGCCCCCACUUGAGGAGUACUACAGAGAGUCAGGAAUACCCCACACAGAGCGCUACUGGAACUGGGACGAUAUAAUGAAGCUGGAGAUAGAGGAGAUAUCAGCCCUGCGUUCCUUUGUCUUUCUCUGGUGUGGAUCAGGAGAGGGACUGGACCUGGGGAGAAUGUGUCUGAGAAAGUGGGGUUUCAGGCGUUGUGAGGAUAUCUGUUGGAUCAAAACCAACAAGAACAACCCUGGAAAGACCAAAACCCUCGACCCUAAAGCUGUGUUUCAGAGAACCAAGGAACACUGUCUAAUGGGUAUUAAAGGAACAGUCAGGCGGUCUACAGAUGGGGAUUUCAUCCACGCCAACGUGGAUAUCGACCUGAUUAUUACCGAGGAGCCUGAGAUCGGGAACGUGGAGAAGCCGGUGGAGAUAUUUCAUAUUAUCGAACACUUCUGUCUGGGGAGACGAAGACUACACCUGUUUGGACGAGACUCUACCAUCAGACCAGGGUGGUUGACAGUAGGUCCUACUCUGACCAACAGUAACUUCAACUCAGAGUCUUACUCCUCCCACUUCUCAAUCACACAGUCUCACCUCUCAGGCUGUACGGAGGAGAUAGAACGUCUGCGACCCAAGUCACCUCCCUCCAAGCUGAAGUCAGACCGUGGAGGGGGGUCAUCCCGUGGAGGUCGGGGGGGUCCUAACGCCGGCCGGGGAGGGGACAGGGGCCGGGAGAGGAACAGACCGUCCUUUAGGGGGGACAGGGGAGGGUUCAGAGGGCGGGGGGGUCCACACCGCGGGUUCCCACCUCGCUAGGACGGGCAGACAUUAUACUGAGAGGUGGUCGGACACUCAUAUUCUGUACCCUCGUCCAGAAGUGUCUACUCCUUCUCUCCUCGUGAUUGGUUGGUGCACCAGUCCGGUCCUUUUAAAUCCACGAGGGGGAGUGAACACGUGCACACUUCAGGAGAAGGGAGGAGCCCCUCCCACCUCUCUCUCUAUCACACACACACACACACACACACACACACAUACACACACACACACACACACACACAC